UUUGCUGAUUGUAGCAACGCUAUCUCUUGGUCCCAUCCUAAAGAUAGUUUCAAAGGCAACUGAAAUUAUUCUGAAUGAAGAGGAGCCCAAAUUUCGACUUCUGACAUAUUCUUUCAAUGUAUUCCGGAGCACAGUUUCUCAAGGAAACAUGAUAGAGGCGAAACCAUGGCCUGAGAGAUUCAUCUUUGUUUGCUGGUAUCUCGUCUGUCUUGUUGUCUCAGCACUGUAUUCUGGAACAUUAACAGCUUUUUUGGCUGUACCAUCAUAUGAAAAACCCAUAGACUCCUUAAAUGACAUUCCAAGGGCCGUUAAGGAAGGAGGGUUCAUAAUUGGAGCAGUUAAAGAAACAAUAUUUGAAUACCUCAUGAGGGGAGCUACUCAAGGAAUCUAUAAACAGACAUGGGAUUUGUUCCAUCAUGAGGACCUAAGAGAAAGUCUAGUUCCAACUCCUUCAUUUGGAUUUGAUAAGGUAUUACAGCGCAAGUUUGUAUUCAUAGCUCCUGGAGCGGUCUCAGUUGCUGCCACGACGACGCGUGGAAGGGAAAAAUUUCACCUUGGACGUGAAACAUUCUUCCCUUUGAGAUAUGGCAUUGCUUUCCAUACUGGGUCUCCGCUUAAAGAUAAAUUUAGUCACCUAAUACUAAGGCUAAUAGAAGGUGGGCUAGUUGUCAAGUGGAAAGAUGACACGGUCUUGCAAAUGUCAAGGGCAUCAGAAGUACAUGAAAAAUCUGCUACCCUUUCUGCAAUAACUUUGUCAAAUCUUCAGGGGGCUUUUUAUCUCAUGGCUUUGGGAUAUUUUGUAUCUAUGGUAACCCUUCUAUUAGAAAUAUUUCUGUCUACUUGCAAUGUCUGCCAACUCCAAAUAAAAAUCAAGACAACUGACUACAGAUAUAUAUUCAGCUGAAUUAUAAUUCUAAGUGAUGAUGAUUAUGAUUGAAGAAAUACCUGCAAUGCAGAUGAUAAAGACAAUAAA